AUGGUUGCUGGAGGAAUUACCAAUAUUGGGAGUGUCCAGGCUUUUACCAACUCUUGGUGGAUUAUCAUUAUUGUUAUCGGGUUUUAUUCGGUUGAUGUAUUCUUUUUCAUCUCUGCCUUUCUUGCCAAGUAUUUAAUGAUUGGCAAAUUUCAUGGGAAAAGAUUCUUCAAUAUCCCGAUGGUGUAUCUACAUUGAUUGAUCAGAGUAGUCCCAACUUUGCUGUUGUUAUUUGCAAUUUUCUUCACAUCUUCCAGUUCCUAGGGUCGGCCUCUCUGGAAGAUAUACACUGAUGAUACCAUUGAAAACUGUCAACGUGGCUAGUGGUAGCCUAUAUUAUUUAUUUCAUCAUGGUACUUUAAAGGCAACUGCUUUGGACAACUUUGGUAUCUGUCAAACGAAAUGACUUACUUCUUGUUUGUCCCAUUCAUUGUCUUGGCUUAUUUGAAUUCCAAAUUGAUCGGAUACGUCUUGAUCGCAUUUUUCAAUAUUGCAAGAAUUGUGCUACCUUUUGUUUUUUCUCAUAUCAGAGGCCAUACUAUUACAAUUCUGAAAGACCCUGCGGUGGAUUAUAUUCAGCAGCUGUACAACUAUCCGUACACAAGAAUUGGAGCAUACAGUGUUGGAGUGCUUUUCGGAGUUCUAUUGCUUUGAAACUCUAAUAAUUCUUGAUUCUUAUGGUGAUAUUCAAACUUU